GCUUGGGGUGACUGAAUGAAGGAGCUAGUUCUGCAAUGAUGCAAGUAAAUAAAAUUGUACUUUACCUGAUUUUUAACUUCAUAAUGUUUAUGAUCUGAGUUACAAAUUAACAUGAUUUAAUUUCAUGUCAAAUAAAAUACAGCAUGAGAUUGUUGUUGUCAAUUGUUGUUGUUGUUAUGGCGAUCUGCUCCUGAGCAAGCCCACUCUUGUAGCUACUUGAAGAUACAUUUCUAGUCAAGGGUGGCCAUCCCCAGCAGAGAGCAGCAGAAGAUAAUGCAACGUAGGCUAUUGCCUCUAUGUAACAGGCUUUCUCAUCACACGCAACACAAACUGUUUGUCAUAAUUAAUAAAUCACUGCUUAAACAUAGAAUAAUUCGUUCGUCCAAGGCUAUGUAGCCCAUUUGAAGCAUUUAAAGAUUGUGUUUAAUACUGCAUCGAGGCUUCAAACGAGCGCAGGUAGGCGAAACUUCUUCAUGGAAACAGGUUUCACAAGACCUGUCGAUGGCUCCGCCUCUUCAAGAAAAAAAAGUUUUCAGGCUACCUUGUGAAAGUUAGAAUGGUCGUAACAGCGCCAGACUCUUUUUUAAGCUGUAUCGAUUAAUCUGUAAAUGUUUACAAUAUAAAGUUUAUAAUUUUAAAAGUCUUGUCUGCCGAGGCCCAAUUCAUCCCAUGAUUCGAAAAUGGAUAUGCUUGUUUGCUGUGCUGGCUGGUUUCGCCUCGCCAGGUCUGGUCCAUGUACAGGCCAUAGAGAUAUACACCAAGGCCAAACAGGUGGAGGCGGUUAAUGGCACCAGCGUAAAACUCCAUUGCACGUUUAAGUCGACGGAGCCCAUCACCGAGGACUCGGUGUCUGUGACUUGGAAUUUCCGGCCACUGAAAGCUGGGAAAGCUGGGACGGAAGAAACGGUGUUUCACUACCGCGAGGAGCCGUACCCUCCGAUGGAAGGCCGCUUCAAAGGCCACGCGGUGUGGUCAGGUGACGCCAUGAACGGGGACGUGUCCAUCUCGCUGCUCGACGUCCAGUUCAGCUUCAACGGCACCUAUAGCUGUGAGGUGCGCAAUCCCCCAGACUUCCAGGGCUUCGCAGGGGAGCUUGUUCUGAAGGUGGUGAAAAAAGCCUCCGUCUCCGAAAUCGGAAUCUUGGCGGCGUCGGUAGGAGGCGGCAUCGUCGUGAUCGUCGUCCUUCUGGCGGUGGUGGUGGUGGUGCGCAAGCGAUGUCGCCUCAAGGGUGACCAUGAGGACCAUGAGGACCACGAGGACCAGGAGGUGGAGUUGAAGGAGCGCAAGUGGAAGGACCCCACUGUCUGCAAACCAGAGGAGGCCAUCCACCUGAUGGUAGCGCAGAAGGUUCUGGAGGUGGACAGCGACGAUGACGACGAUGAUGAAGACAGUGAUGAUGAUGAUGACGAAGAUGAUGAUGACGAAGAUGAUGAUGAUGAUGACGAUGAUGACGAUGACGAUGAUGACGAUGAUGAUGAUUAGAACAGAUAACCUCUGCGGCAGAAUGCUGAGCUGUAGCAGGAGAAAGCAGACUUUGAGACAAGACAGUCAUGACGUGACUAGCCUUCUCAAGCUACAGCCGGCUACUGUAGAUGUAUCCAUCUACAGUACCAAGUAAACACUAAAGAAUGCAGUCCAUGCUAGGUGUACCACCAUCACUUGAUCUCCUUCAGUUCUACCCACUAAAAAUUGGCCCUUUAAAUGCUGUUUUGUGCAAGGCCUGAUGAGAAAAGUGAGCUCACUUGCUACUGAUAUCUUUCUAGUGCUGGAAUGGACCAGGUGAUGUGGUUGCUGCAGCUUUGUGUGUGUGUGUGUCUGUCUGUGUGUGUGUCUGUGUGUGUGUUUGUGUGCUUACGUGUGUGUGUGUGUGUGUGUGUGUGCCUGUGCCAGCAAAGAGGUGUGUCUACGAAACAAUUGUCAACUCUUGCUGUAUCAUGGUGUGUGUGUGUGUGUGUGUGUGUGUGUGUGUGUGUGUGUGUGUGUGUGUGUGUGUGUGUGUGUGUGUGUGUGUGUGUGAAAGAAAAUGUGAGAAAUGUGGGUGUGGUGUGGUGAGAGACAGACAGACAGACAAAUGUAAUUGAUGUUUUACAGGUUUUGGAUCAUGAAGGUGUUUGUAUUUGUAGUGUACAAUAGUGGGAUAGAACAUUUUAUAUGUAUAUAAGAUUUAUUGCUGAGAAUAUUGCACUGCCUUUUUUACAUUCUUGUGUCUUAAUGUAUGUCAAACAGAUCAACUCUUAACAUAUGCAACAUCCUCCAUAUUCUGUAACAUUCCCCAUUGUCUGUAAAUUGUACAGAUGUGAUUGUAUUUUAAGAACAAAUAAAAAAUAUAGGUUUUCUGAG